AUGGAUGACAGUGACCGUGUUCUUAUGAUACCAGCAUUAGGCACAUUACGCGGUCUCAUCAUCGAUUUUAAUAACUCUACAAUGCCGAAUGUGGAACAAUUUCUUGGUAUUGAGUAUGGAACAUAUUCAAAGCGUUUUGAACCAUCAAAAGAACGAACAAAUUUUGAAUCAAGAAAUGGUUUGGUCAAAAAAAUGGAUCAAUACGGUCCGGCAUGCAUUCAGAAGAUAUGGACAAAAAUUGAGCUUUUAAAAAUUGGACGAACAGAAAAAUGGAUCGAUGAUUAUUAUCUCAAACGACUACUACCACACAUCAUGAAUCAAUCAGAAAAUUGUCUUUAUUUAAAUAUUUAUCAACCAUUGGUCAAACGAAAUAUGGGCCAUACGGAUGCUUUAUUACCCGUUUUAUUCUUUAUACAUGGCGAUAAUGAUAUGGGAAGUGGAAAUGUUUAUGAUGGAAGUUUAUUAGCAAGCAUGGGACAUAUGGUUGUAGUAACAAUUAAUUACAGACUAGGGAUACUUGGGUUUCUACAUAUCCCAAACACACCGCUAAGAGGAAACUAUGGUCUGAUGGAUCUUUAUACUGGCUUACAUUGGGUUAAGAAUUUUAUUCGUUACUUUAACGGUGAUCCAAAUCAAAUAACAAUAUUUGGUCAUGGAACUGGAGCCAAUUUGGCGAGUUUACUACUUACAAUGGAUACUGUGAAUGGUAUUCAAAAGAAACAACCGUCACUUGUACAACGCUUAGUUCUAAUUGGAGGAUCACUGUUACAUCAACGAACAUACCCGCCGAUUAAUUUUCAAGAAUUUGCAACAGUUACAAGAUAUAUGUAUGUGACAGCACCCUCAAUCAAAUUUGCUCGUUUAGUACAGAAAGCAUCAUCAAAAUCUCGACUAUAUUCAUUUUUAUUAAAUAAAUAUGAUCAUAACGGUUUAAGUUAUUUUUUUGGUAAAUCACUUAUGAUGAACAGUGAAUAUGCAGAACUUGUCAAAAAUUCUAAACGUCAUGGUAGAGGAGCGUCAAAACCAACUAUAGGUGGAACACAAAAUAAUGGUCGUUGA